AUGAGACCAACUUUGAUAAAGCUCUUCAAACCUCCAUUUGUUCCAUUGGUAGCUAACAGCUUCACUGAAGCUAUUGGUAACACUCCUUUGAUCAGAUUGAAGGUAUCGGAUAAAAUUGGAAGAAAUGUAUAUGCCAAAGCAGAGUUCAUGAACCCUGGAGGAUCAAUCAAAGAUCGUGCAGCUAAAUAUGUCAUCGAAGAUGCUGAAAGAAAAGGGUUACAACCAGGUGGUACUAUUAUAGAAGGUACUGCUGGUAAUACUGGUAUUGGUUUGGCUCAUGUAUGUAGACUGAAAGGUUAUAAAUGUGUAAUUUAUAUGCCUAACACCCAAGCUAAAUCAAAAAUGGAUACCUUGAGAUUACUUGGUGCUGAAGUUCAUCCUGUUCCUGCUGUAGCUUAUGACAACCCUGAAAACUAUAAUCAUAAAGCCAAAAGACAUGCAGAAUCUUUGGAAAAUGCUGUUUGGACCAACCAAUUCGAUAAUAUUGCUAACAGACAAUCUCAUAUUGAAACCACAGGUCCUGAAAUUUGGGCUCAAUUGAACGGUAAAGUUGCUGGAUUUACCUGUUCUACAGGAACUGGUGGUACUUUUGCUGGUAUCACUCGUUAUUUGAAAACCAUUUCCAAUAAUGAAACCAAAUGUGUUUUAGCUGACCCUCCAGGUUCUGUUGUACAUUCAUAUAUUCAAUCUAAAGGUAAGGAUAUUGUUCGUGGGGGUUCAUCUUUCACAGAAGGUAUUGGACAAGGUAGAAUCACUGAAAAUUUAAAACCAGACUUGGAAUUAAUCGAUGAUUCUUAUAAAAUUCCAGAUGAAGAAUCAAUUGAAAUGUUAUAUAGAUUGUUGGAUGAAGAAGGAAUUUAUGUUGGAGGUACUUCCGCUUUGAAUGUUGUUGCAGCCAUCAAACUUGCCGAAUCUUUACCUGAAGGAUCCAAUGUAGUCACAAUUUUGGCCGAUUCUUGUCAUAAAUAUAGUGAUAGAAUUUUCUCCAAGAAAUGGUUAGAAUCCAAAGGAUUGUUACAAGCUAUUCCUGAACACUUAUUAAAAUAUGCUCUGUUAGAGUAG